UAUGGUGUGGAAGACUAAUUUUAAAUCAACUGACUACGGAGAAGUUCUACAGCAGACGGAGACCUGCGUCGACCUUGGAGGAGGCGGAGCAGCUGCAGGAGGAGGAGCUGCAGGAGGAGCAGCUGCAGGAGGAGGAGGAGGUACAGGAGGAGGAGCAGCUUUCCCUGGAGACUCCAGGAAGUCCUUGCUCCAUAGGCAGUCUCCACACCACCAGACCUCCACACCACCAGAUCCCCAUACCACCAGACCUCCAGACCACCAGACAAGACCUCCAGGCCAGGGACUGACACCAGAGACUAAUCCUAGCCCCGACUCGGCAGGGGAAAAGCCCAGGUGGCACCCAGACCACUGACUCCUCCAUAGAGGGAGAGGAAGAGAGAGUGCAUUCGGAGAGUAUUCAGACCCCUUGAUUUUUUUCCCUCGUCGAUCUACACACAAUAUCCCAUAAUGACAAUGCAGAAACAGGACUUUAGAAAUGUUUGCAUUAAAAUGUAUUUUAAGAAAUAAAAAACCUGAAAUAUCACAUUUACAUAAGUAUUCUCUUCUCAAAUACAAAAGGCUGCUGUUAAUUGGAACAACCCAUCUCGGAUUGUCACUACGCUAAAUAGCAUAGCGCAACGGUCAAAUCAUCUUACUAGAAAAUAUUAAUAUUCAUGAAAUCACAAGUGAAAUAUAGCGAA